AUGUCUCAUCUCACGUCAAGGGCCGUCCUGCGGCAACACCCAUCGCUGGCCCUCAACCUCACACGCUCACUGCAGCGAGGCCCCGCACGAUCGUCAGUCCGCCACAGGAGCUCCCGCGCGGGUCCACCACCGCGGUACCGCGGCGGCAGGAGGAUAUUUGGUCUUGUCGCGGUUGCCGGCCUGGCGGUUGCCAGCGCAGCGUGGGCCUACCCGCUCUUCUUUGGCGACAAUGCCGUCGCCGGGAUUCCACAGGCCGAGAUCGAGUUCGAGAAGAAGCGCAAGGCCCCCAGGAACAAGGAGGAGAACCGGGACCUGAUCUCCUCCCAGCACAUACAGGUGCGCAAGAGCUGGGAGAACCCGGGCGUCUACGCCUGGGGCUCCAAUAUCGGCAAGGUCGUCGCCCCGGAGUCCAAGGAGACCGUCGUCAAGACGCCCCGGAGGAUCCCCUACUUUGACGGCCAGCUGCUCCGGGACGUGAAGCUCGACCAGGACUUCGGUGCUGCUGUGACGGAGAAGGGUGAUCUUGUGCAGUGGGGAACCGGCUACCUCCCAGAGGAUCCCAGGCCAGCUGUCACCCUCAAGGGCAAGGAUAUCUCGAAGCUGGCCAUCUCGAGGGAUCGCAUUCUGGCACUGUCUACUGGCGGGUCCGUCUACUCAAUCCCCGUGGCCAGGUCAGACCAAUUUUCCGGGGGCAAGGAGGGCGAUGGUUCGUCGUGGUUGUCGUUCUGGUCAAAUCCUACGGCGGCGAUCAAUUACAGAGAGAUCAAGCCCAAGGACCUGGGCUGGGGCGAGAAGAUCGUCGAUAUCAGCAGCGGACGGGAACACGCACUGCUCCUGACCUCCAAAGGGCGCGUGUUCUCCGCUGCAUCGAGCUCGGAAAGCUUCCCGUCGCGCGGCCAGCUCGGCAUUCCCGGUCUCACAUGGGCAUCAAGGCCGCAGGGCCCUUACGACCAGCCCCACGAGCUUGGUACGCUCAAGGGUUUCAAGGCCAAGAAGAUCGCAACCGGGGACCACCACUCAUUGGUACUUGACGAUGAGGGCAGGGUAUUCGCCUUUGGUGAUAACUCGGUGGGGCAGCUUGGGUUCCCCCCAGAUGCUGAGGUCCCCGCCAUCGACAUCCCCUCCUUGCUGCCAUUCAACAAGCUCUACAAGGCGACCGGGCUCCUGCCCAAGGUCACUUCUAUCGCGGCUGGUGGUUCCAACUCGUACUUCACCGUGGAUGCCACAAAGAUUGCGUCUCAGACACCCCCGUCGGACAACGUCGCACCGGCACGAGACCUGGGCAAGGUAGUUGCGGACACGUGGGCGACGGGUGAGGGCAUCAAAGGCAGUCUCGGCACGGGGGCGUGGACGCACAUAUCGAACGGCCCCAGCAAGAUCAAAGCCCUCUCGGGGCUCUUUGAGUGGGACGAGAAGGCGAACCAGGUAGUGCCCAUCCGACUUGCGCGCCUCUCUGUCGGAAGCACACACACGGCAGCAGUGAUGGACAACGUGACGUAUACAAAUGCGACAGGCAAGUCGGGGGAGAACGACACAAACUGGGGUGCAGACAUCGUGUGGUGGGGCGGCAACGAGUUCUACCAGCUCGGCAACGGCAAGAGGAGCAACUCGAACGCCCCGAUAUACAUUGGCCCGCUGGACGGUGGGGCCGGGGACGCCAGGGCUGGCAGGAAGGGGGAGGAGCACCGAUUCCAGAUCACCCCGCGGCAGACGGCGCGGCUGGGCAAGGAUGGCAAGGGCAGAAAGACGAGACAAGACGAAACGACGAAACGACGAGGCACGACAACGGAUUUGUCUCCUCUGCUCCUCAGCCUCGCCCGUGGUCUCUCUUGUCAAUCGCUUUGUCACCACCUCACCGUUGUUGGUCUCGACCUCGGCCUCGUCACGGAUCGUCCCUUCGCACUAUUUUCUGCGCCGGAACACUCGCCCCCGGUGGCGCCCACAUUCUCACUUACAAAUUGCCCACACAUUGCUGGCCUCCGGCCUCCCGACGGCUACUUCUCGCGCACACUCCUGCGACUCAGUCUUUCCUUGCAGGCCCGCAAGCGCUCUUCUCGACCUGUGUCUUGGAUCGCAACUCCCCUGUCCCUCCCGGCAGCGUCAUCGUCGGCAGUCGCAUCCCACCCCGUCCUACCCACCAGCGGCCGCCGCUCAGACCCAAGGACGCCACUCAUCACAACCUUGACAGAGUCACAUCGCCGGCCAGACUUCACAAUGGACCGCUUGCGGUCCGGCUUCCACCGGAAGAGCAGAAAGGCUUCGCCUUCGCGACCUACCAUAAUAACUGACGGCACACACAGCUCCGGCAAGACUACCCCCGAGCCCGUCUCGGCGCACUCUCCCCUCCAGGUCCCGCACCUCUCCAACAAAGACAAGAAGGCAUCGCCCUUCCGUUCGCUGCGCGACUUCAGCCGCUCCCACAAGCGCGCACGGUCUCCCGCUACCGGCUCCCUCCCCCGUUCGCCCAUCGGCGCCACCUAUACUUUCGAUGGGCUCGACGACACCCCGACGACCUCGCCCACCGUCCGGGGAGGCAGUGGUGACUCGAACCACAGACCACAAGACAUGAACGGCGCCUCCGCCGGGGGACAGCCCCCCAGGAUGCCCUCCUUCCUCGCCCUGCCGCCGCAGGACAUUGUCGCAAAGUUUCAGGAGAUCGUGUGGAUGGAGCGCAAUCGCAUCAUGCAAAGCCUCACCAACCCCUCUCCAGAAUUCAAGUGGGCGCGCGUGACUGGCGAUCAUCUGAAGAAGUUGGACAGGUACAUGAACAUCCAGCCCUGGGAGAACAACCGCGUCAGGCUGCGCGUUCCCUCAGGCAAGGUGGAUUACGUCAAUGCGUCGCCGAUCUCCCUGAGCGCCACCACCCCACAGCCUUCUCGGCCCAAGGCGCAGACCAAAGAUGGUAAGGACUCUACAAUACUGGGGCUGUCGGAUCUUGCGGGCGGUGCGUCAGAUCGAUACAUCGCCAUGCAAGGGCCCAAGCGGAACACCACGGACCACGUGUGGCGCAUGGUGGUUGAGCAACUAGAGAGCCCCGCCGUGAUUGUCAUGUUGACAGAGACGCAUGAAGCCAAUAUGGAAAAGUGCUAUCCUUACUUUCCGCGUAGCCCUGGCGACGCACCCCUGGAGAUAAACGAGAGGGAUGAAUUCGGUGACGCGUUCAGGGCAAGUGUACAUUGCGAAGCAAUCGAGGAGACCGAGGCCGGGGACGCUAUUGAGCUACGAAAGCUGGUGAUACGAUCAUACAAGAGCCCAGCCAAAGUUGCAAAAUCGCGCACCGAGGGCGACAGGGACCACCUGACAACACCAGUUAAUGCAGUCGACGACAACGGUGACGUGAAGAUGCUGUCACCUCUCAAAACCAGCCCGGGCCAUGAAGACCUGUCCGGAGUAGAUGGCAGUGAUGGUAAGAGCGUCAACACCGAGCUCGGGGAAUCAACAAAUUCCACGCACCAGAAAGAUUUGCCGGCGGAGUACGAAGAGCGCAUCGUUUGGCACUUCCUCUACAAGAACUGGCCCGACUUUGGUGUCCCAGCCUACGAGGACCUCGACAGCUUCUUCACGCUGAUGCGCCUGUCGCGAGAGAAGAACGCCAGCCCCGAGAACCCCCGAAUUGUGCACUGCAGCGCGGGCGUCGGGCGCAGCGGGACGUUCAUCGCGUUGGAGCACCUGAUGCGCGAGUUGGACGCCGGCGUGCUGGAGAACUGGGACUCACCCUCACACUUUCGACAUGGAAGGACGGAUGAGGGCAAAUCUGCCACCACGGAUGGCGAAGAUCAAAGUGGCCACCCUCAAAGCGACGAUGAUUCGGACGGAAAGAUGGACGUCGAAGACCAGCCCGCGGCCGCCACAGAGGUAGAGGGCGAUGAUCUCAUUUUCCACGUGGUAAACCAGCUGCGCGAACAGCGGCGCAGCAUGGUGCAGGCUGAGCCGCAGUUUCUGUUCAUCUACGAGGUCAUGCGCAGGCUCUGGGAGGACAAGUACGGGACGACCGUGUCUCCCACCACCUCUGCAGCAGCGGCCCAGCAUACGACCCCGCCACCGCGGAUCAACGGGCCCCGGGACGCCGGGGGCGAGGAGAGCGAUACCGGACAGCCGGCACGCAAGAGGCAGGAGUUUGACCCUUUUGUCGAACAGCACCGGGGCCACCCGGCUUAG